UCUAAAUAAAUUGUAAUUAAUUGUUUUGAUAGGUGCACCAAUUUCUCUUUAAAUUGUAUUUAAAUAAUAAAAAUAAAAAUACUUAUAUACAAAAUUGACUAGCACUAUGCAAGAUUCUUGCAGAACUUGCAUGAUACAGUUUUCCCAAACAAAGACAAGGGGAAAUGCCCAAAAGCAGAGUAUUUUUGAAGUACCAAAGAAUUGCAAAAAAGGUGCUAACAUAAUGGAACUCCUGCAAGAGGUACAGCCACAAAUAAAAGUGGACUGCGAUGAUUAUCUACCCAAGCUUAUGUGUUUUGAAUGUAUAAAAAAAUUAUUGGUGUCAUGCACGUUUUUAGAGACAUACAAAAAUUCAGACAAAAAAUUUCGUGAAAUGUUAAAAGAAGCUAAUGAUAAAGGCUCAAAUGAUAACUUUGAAAUGAUAGUUGAAAUUGACCAUAAUGUUGAGGUUUUAGAAAACGAAAAGCGCAGAGAUCCAAACAUAGAUAGCGAAAAUGAUGCCUUAGAGUUUGUUGAUGAAAUAUCUUACGAAAGUGGAAGCAAAGAACAAAAUUUCGAAAACUCAUCCAGUGAUAGUGAUUGGACUAUUUCUAAUGAAUGUUGUCAAAAGAAAGAUUUAAAAAAAACUACUGUUAUUACUGUUUAUGACGGAGUAGAUGAGAUAGAACUUACUAAGUUGCCCGAUGAAAAUGAAGAUGGUGGGGUUCCAUGUCAAGAAUGUGAGGCUGUAUUGAAAAAUGUUACACUCUGGAGACAACAUAUGCGAACGAAUCAUCUUGAAAAUAUUCCCAAAACAAAAAAAUCUAACAAACCGAAAAGUAGUAAAAAACUUAAAUGUGAUUACUGUGAUAAAGUAUUUCCAACAGCAACAAGAUGUAAAAGUCAUAUGCGAGUGCAUACAGAUGAAAAGCCCUAUUUAUGCAUUGAGUGUGGAAAAAAUUUCAGAGGUCUCAGUUCAUUAAAAAUACACAUGUUACGUCACAAAGGCGAAAAAAAUUUUGAAUGUCCACAAUGUCCCAAAAAAUUUGUAUGUGCUAGUGGUUUAUAUAAUCACGAGAAGAUACAUUCUAAUGAAAAACCAUUUGUAUGUGAUAUUUGCGGAAGCGCCUUUCGUAUGAAAGAUGAUUUAAAAAAACACGAACGUUGUCAUAAAGGCAUUAAAAAACAUAAAUGUGAUUUUUGUGAAAUGAGGUUUCUUACUACUGAAAAACAACGCCGACAUAUGCGAACACACACGGGAGAAAAGCCAUAUCGUUGUCAAUAUUGCGAGAGAGCUUUUGCCCAAAGUAAUGAUUACAUCAAACAUUUGCGACAACACUUGGGUGAUAAUGUUUAUCAAUGUGAACUAUGUCCGUUAAGAUUUCCGUUAGUCAGAGAUUUGCGAGCACAUUUUGUAAUUCAUAAGGAUGAAGAUGAAGAAACUCGAGCACGUAAUUUAGCGGCUCGACAGGAAGAACAACGAAAAUUGGAAAUUAAAUUGGGUGUUGCAAAAAUAGAAAAUGCAGAUAAGAAAAUUGUCAAGUGAUUUGUCGUAUAAAGUAUUUUGGUAGAGUUUUGUAAAUACAUACAUGUGUAUGUAAAAAAAUAAUUUAUAAUAAAUAUUAAAGAAACAUUAAUAAUCAAAAAAAUUAUAAUACUUAAUUGU